AUGCUACUACUCAACCUCCUCAUCCUCCUAACACUAGGAUGGACACCAACAACCCACUGCGCCGCAAUAUUAAUCCCAAACCUGAGAACCUGCCAAACAACAGGCCACUGUCCACCAGGAACAAUCCUAGUCUCAGCAACGAACAGCACUGCCCACUACCAAUCAAUCCAAGCCGCAAUAACCUCCCUCCCACCCGACAACACCAGCCAAACAAUCCUCAUCCUAGCAGGAACCUACACCGAACAAUUAAACGUCACUCGCGCAGGCCCAAUAACUCUUCUCGGCCAAACAAAUCACACAAAAGACGCAACGCAGAACUUGGUUACAAUCACAUGGGCAGCAGCAAAUCAUGACAACACCGGGAGCGCAGUCGAUAACGUCUUCUCGAGCGUUCUUGUCGUUGCGCCGACGCUGGAUGCUAGUUUGACGGGCUCUGGCACGACCGGAUUCGCAGUGCCAGCUGAUACGCCGUUUGGAAAUACGGAUUUCAGGGUUUAUAAUGUUGAUUUUAGGAAUACAUGGACUGAAUAUAGCGAUGGACCGGCUCAUGCGUUGAGUUUUAGUCGCGCGAAUGGGGGUUUUUAUUAUUGUGGUUUCUAUUCUUAUCAGGAUACGGUCUAUAUCGGCAAACUAGGCAACGCCUACUUCUACAAAAGCAUAAUAGCCGGUCAAACAGACUUUCUCUACGGCUUCGGCACAGCCUUCAUCCAAUCCUCAACCCUUCAGCUUCGCGGCUGUGGAGGCGGAAUCACAGCGUGGAAGGGCAGCAACACGACUUUUGUCAACAGAUACGGCGUCUACAUCCUCGACUCGACCGUCACAGCCGCGAACAGCUCGAUAGCCACCCAGAUCAAGGGUACAUGCUCGCUCGGUCGACCGUGGAAUGGGCAGCAUAGGUCUAUCUUUGCGAAUAGCUAUGAAGACGGAAGUAUUAAGGACAGUGGGUAUAUUGACUGGAUUGUUUCGGGGGUGGGGAGGUAUAGAGCUGGUGUUACGCUUAUGGCUGAGUAUAAGAGUUUUGGACCUGGGUUUAAUGCUACGGGGCGUGUUGAGGGGGGUGUUGAUACUUUGCUUGAUGGGGAGACAUUUGAGGCGUACAGUUCGCCGGAGAAAGUCUUUCAGGAUGAAUUGGGGAGGUUUGGGGAUGUGGAUUGGGUUGAUUGGGAAGUUGUUUCUGGCAAGUAG